UCUUGUGCCUGCAGUCGAGCUAGCAAUCUCCACUGCAGCCCUGAUGAUUGAUAUCGUCUUGAGAUUUCGACAACGACUGGGCCUCCUUUUGCCUGGCGAAUCGCGGCACCAUGCCUGUCCCAUCCGCUCACCUUGCUGGAGUUGGAGUCUCGUCAGCAGGCGAUACUGGUCUAGACAAACGUGCUGUGUCGGCUGGGACCAAGGCAUUGCUGGAUGCUGGCCUCACAUACAGUGAUGUAGACCAUGGCGUGGCGUGUUUUCUGGGAGAAGAACGAGUCUCGCGAUCAGUGUUCACCAUGUUCGGUACGGAAGGAGCACCAGUAUCGGAAGUUGACAAUCCUUCUGGACUCUGCAAAGCUGUACAAAGCAUUAGAGGAGGCCAAGCGACCUGUGUGUUGGUUAUCGGACUUCGACCAAGACAAGUCCAGCAAUGCCGGAUUCAAGGCGACAGUGGCACUCGUACUCAUAUCGGAAAGAUUCCUGACAUCGCAUGCCUAUCUC